AGGCAAGUAACUUCGAGGCGGCCGGAGGAGGAGAGGACGCUCCGGGCGGGGGUCCCCCGUUUGCUCCCACUGGGGUUCGUGAGGGUCCCCCCCUUUUUUGCAGCCCUCCCGAAGGAGCCAGGCGGGCGGAGUGCGGACCAUCGCCCUUUCCAUCUCUCCCGUCUUCCCAGCAUGGGCAUCGCCUUCCACGCGCAAGGUCGCGGCUGGGGCGCCCUGAGGAUGCUUUGGGCAGGCUUGGGCAUGUUCUCCUUCGUCCUCCUCCUGCCUGGCUUGGCCGGGGCCAACGAGUACGACUACGUCAGCUUCCAGUCGGACAUCAGCUCCUACCAAAGCGGGCGCUUCUACACCAAGCCCCCGCAGUGCGUGGCCAUCCCACCCGACCUGCGCCUCUGCCACAGCGUGGGCUACGACAAGAUGGUCCUUCCCAACCUGCUGGACCACGAGACCAUGGCCGAGGUCAAGCAGCAAGCCAGCAGCUGGGUGCCCUUGCUCAACAAGAACUGCCACUUUGGCACUCAGCUCUUCCUCUGCUCCCUCUUUGCCCCCAUCUGCUUGGACCGGCCCAUCUACCCCUGCCGUUGGCUCUGCGAGGCCGUGCGCGACUCCUGCGAGCCCGUCAUGCAGUUCUUUGGCUUCUACUGGCCCGAGAUGCUCAAGUGCGACCAGUUCCCCCAAGACGAUGUCUGCAUUGCCAUGACCGCCCCCAACGCUACGGAGGCACCCAAGCCCCAAG